UUCGACUCACAUCAAGUCAAGAUGAAGAUCUCCUCUCUGCUUCUGUCCGUGGCUAUUGCAACAUCAAGCUCGACGCUCGUUCUUGCGGCUGAGUGUACAACGGACGACCUCACCGCCAUCUCCAACCUCUACAACUCCGCCAUGUCCGACGGCACCGCCGCAUGUCCGGAUGUGACCGCGGCCAACGACGCCACCUCGGCGAACUACUGCACCUCGGACUGCUUGGAGUUCAUGACCAAUAUGCUUGACGAACUGCCAGAUUGUUCCAGUGGUGGUGUCAACAUGAGAGCGGGCAUGCAAGCUGCCAUUGACUACUGUGAGGCUGGGACGGCGGAUACUUCAGACGUGUUGACUGGAUCCACCGGAACUGCCGGGUCUUCCUCCCUCCGAUCGGGCUCCUCGACGUCUAACACCGCCGAAUCAACUAAAGUGACUGCUGACACGGUCCCGCCGGCAGCGGGAAGUUCGAUGGCUUCAUCAACCGGUAUCACCGUUUCAAGCGUCCUGUUUGCAGUGACGGUAUUCGGUGUAGCUGGGCUGUAA